AUGUCAUGGGGUGUUAGUCCGGAGUUUACUGAUUACUCAUGCAUACAUUCGGGAUGGAAAUUUGAUUCCUUCUGUGGUUCUUAUGAAGGAUUAGUGUGCAUAUGUUAUGUUGAUUACAAGAAAGAUGAACAGAUUGUUGUUUUAAAUCGAUCGACUACGGAAUUUAAGGAAAUACAUGUUCCGCAGAAACUAACCGAGGAUGGGAAAAUAAGGUUGAGUGUAUUUUGGUUUGGUUAUGAUUACAAGAUUGCUGAUUACAAGUUGGUUAGAGUCGUGAACAUUGAUAGAAAUGGUAAGGAGAGGUUUGAGGCUGAGGUCUAUGCAUUAGGAUUUGAUUGCUGGAGAAAGAUUCAAAGUGCAUUUUACAUUCAAAGUGCAUCUUACAAAUUUGUAAAACAUCAACCUGGAGUGCUUGUUAACGGUGCACUCCAUUGGUUUGUUGUUUCGGGUGUGAAACAAGUGAAAGUUCUAGUCUCUUUUGAUAUCUCCAGUGAGAGGUUUGUGGAGUUGUCAUUGCCUAAAGAGCGUUUGACAUAUCCAGAAGAAACUUUGGAAGACGCUAAGUAUGAUAAAAAUGUGGGGGAGCUGGGAGGCUGUCUUUGUUUGCUUUUUCAUGUUUUUGGUGUUCGGGUUGAUGUGUGGGUUAUGCAAGAGUAUGGAGUGAGGCAAUCAUGGACUAAAACCUUCACGAUAAAUGGAGGCGCCAUUACGAAAGCAUUCUAUUUGAGUCUCAAAUGGAGUUUUUCGAACAAUAAGAUUAUAUUGCAGUGUGAUGACAAGUUAAUCUUAUAUGACUCAAAGAACCGAAGAUAUAGAAAACUUGCAGUUCUUAAAAUUGAUACAUACAUGUAUGGAUGCAGUUAA